AUACUAUAAUAUAAUAUAAUAUACUAUUCUCUUUCGCACCUCACCUUGCUCCUAAAAAACCCCUCCGUAUCUUCACCCUUUCCUCCAUCCUACCUUUUCUUCUUCAUCUCUUCUUCAUCUCUUCAUCUUCAUCUUCAUCACCUCUUCACCUCACCUCUUCACAUACCUCUCCACAUACCUCUACUCAUCCAUCUUUUCCUGAAAUGGCUACCCAAGUCCCUUCUUCUCUUGCAAAUGACCCAAACAACAAAUUCAAACACUUUCUAUUCACAACCUUAACACUAAACUCAUUCACCUUAUUCGCCUACGAAAAUGUCAAAUUCAAAAAAUCAAUCUACAACAAUCUAAACUUCAAUCCCUUUGAAAUAAUCUCUGACCAAAUACCCCCAAUUAACAACUCAAACUCCCUCUACUUGGGCAUCAUCCCACUAAACUCUCUAAAAAACUUGUCCCCCUCAGAAAAAGCUUGCCUAAACAUCUGCAAACUAUCUCUUUACUACAUCAAAUUCAACUCCCAUCUGAACAAUGACCUAAUCACCAUAAUAACUCUAUGUCCAACAAUUCUCAAUAAAAAAAUCCCCUUCAAACUCAUGGACAAUAUCCUCAAUGAAUUCAAAAAAUUUAAAGAUAACAUCGAUUCAAACAUCAAUGGCAACACUACCAAUACAAAUAAUCUUGACAAAAAAAAUAACAAUAACAAUAAAAACUUGAAUAUAAGUACAAACACUAACAAUAUUAACAUUACAAACGAUUACGGCUCCACUUCUUCGCCUCAAAACACCUCUCCAAAAGAUACCUCCUACUUGUCUGAAUUUAAAAAGAUUUUUGACAAUUUAAUCCUAAAAGAAGAGGAAAAAUUACUCUCUCAACCUUCAAAUUUAAUUCUAACUGAAUUAGUCUAUCCAGAUCCUUCAAUUGCUUCCUCUUCAAAUAAUAACACCAACAACCCUGCUAAAACUACUCAAAACUACGACCCACUGUCUGUGGCUGAUUUAGAUAUAGAAUUCGCUACACAAGAACUAAAUAACAUUAAAAAAAUCAUGAAUGAAAACAUUAAUAAAAUUAUCGAAAGAGAUGAAAGAAUCGGCCUAUUAGUCAAUAAAACCGAUAAACUAAACUUCAAUUCAAAUACUUUCAAAAAAAGAACUACUCAUCUAAAGAGAAAAAUCUGGUUAAAUGACUUGAAAUUUAGAUUAAUUGUUGCUUUUAUAGCCCUUUUCUUUUUAUAUUUGUUUAUUGGUGACUUUUGUGGCCUCCCUUUAUAUGGUAAAUGCUUUCCUCGUCAUUCCAAUGAUGGUGAUAAUAAAUAACUAUAAAUUUUUUCCACUCAAUUCUUAUUUCUUUAUUUACUUCUCCUUCUAUUUCUUUGCUUUCUUUAUCCAAUAUAGCAAAUUUAUCUUCAUUAUUAUCCCCAUUUUCCUUCUCAUUUUCAUUUUCAUUUUCA